UGAAGGAAUGGAGGGCGAGUUUCUCACAGACACGGCAGCUCCGGGUACUAAGUCCAGGCGGCGGAUGUGUCAACGUUUGUUGUGAACUCUUGGCAGACUUCUUCUCCGGAGUGUUUUGUUUUUCCUUGGAGGAUAAGUUUGACCAGCGGACUGCCGCGGUGUCAGUUUGGUGUCCCAGUUUGGAGGCAGGCUGUCCCGGUACAGACGUACACACACAUCUGUAAAAACAGACAGACUUGCCAGAGCGACACUGACACACAGCCCCGGGAGGAAGAGGGACUCUCCGUGUCACCAUGCCUGUGCGACAGAAAGAUGCCCAGCGAGCCUUGGAGCUGCUUCAGCAGUACCGGACUAAAUUAGAACAGAGGCGGCACAACCAGACACAGACCAAACAGGGCCACGUGGAGGAAGACCACCAGCUACAGCAGUCUCUGGACAGAGUCAUCAAUGUCUUCCAAAGUCAGCUCUUCAGUGCUCUACUUGAUAUCCAGGAGUACUAUGAGUUGACCAUCCUUGCAGAUGGCAAGUGUUCUGUCGACCAGACAGACGGUUCAGAAGGACUCUCUGAAUCCUCUAACCUAUCAACACUACUCCCAGACCAGCCACAGGCCCUCUCUGGUUCCCUGACACCCUUAACUUGUGGUGAACAAAAUCAGCCGACACCCUUAGUUCGCAAACCUAGGUCAAUCAAGUCUCCUGCCCCUCCUGUCCCACCUGGAAUAGCCCCUCAUAUUUCAGAAACACAGCCGAGUACGCCUCAGCCACAUUCAGCCAAAGUCAAGUACCGUGCCCCAAUCCCUCCAGUCCAAACUGAGGACUCUAAAUCCACAGAGACUUCUCCACUGUCUUCUCCCUCUGCUGCCACAGUGAACGGUGUGGAAACCCACGCAGGCUACAUUAAAACACCUCCUGCAGUGUCACUGAAUGGGACAAAGCGAAAACUUACUGCCACCAACUCUGGGGCUUCAUCAGAAAGCUCCAGUACUUCAGUAAAUCCUCAAAGUCUCCCUGCCUCUCCCGGCCUCAAGCAGGUGACCGUCUCAGCUCUGGUCUCCAGCUCCAUCCAGGGCCUUUUGUCACCAACAACUCCUGACAAACCCACUGCCACCACACCAAUUACCAGCCGGGGUCCUAACAGACUCAUAGAUGCUGCAGCUCCGACAACCAGCAAGGACCCAGGAUUAGGCAAAGUCACUCCCAGCACAAGUCCGACCAGCCCCAACCAGGGAAAAUUUACCUUCAGCAACCUCAGCCCCACAGGUCCUCCAGGCCCCUUGACAAAAGGACCACAUUUGAGUCCUACCAGUCCUGGGUCAGUAAAUGUCUUCUCCCCAAGCCCCAGCCAUGGUCCAGCCAGCCCCAGGUCAGCUACAGGCCCACUGACCCCCACCAAGAAAUAUCGACUUCAAGAAGAGGAAGGGGCAUUAUCAGGCGCCCCCAAACUCCACCAACAUGCCUGCCAACAUCACCCACUGGGAGUAGCCAGAGAGCUGAGGGAUGGAGGGACCCUGGGGAGGGAGGGGGGAACCUGGAGGAGGGAGGGCGGAGGUGCAGGGACCAUGGAGAGAGAGGGGGAAGGAUCGCUGGGGAGGGACGGAUCUCUUGUUCGCCGCGGCGACCUGCGCGGGCCGGAGUUGGUCCAGGUGGCAGAGCGGCAGCUGUCUCAGAUUCAGCACGUUCACGGAUACGUCACUCACUCGCACAUCACACCUGCUCAGGUAGAAUCUCCCGAGCUUCCCUUUGAUGAUGAGGCGUGGCCUCACGCAGAGGGAGAGAGGCUGCACGACGUUCCUGCCCCGCCUUUCUCCUCCCUCUAUUCUGAAAGCCAUGCCUACUACCAGGCCAACCCCCCUCCAGUGGUGGUCAACACAGACAGCAUCGACGUACCCCCAUAUGUCAAUGGAACAGAAGCAGACUAUGAGUAUGAGGAAGUCACGUUGGAGCGGGGUAACUCUGGCCUUGGGUUCAGUAUCGCAGGAGGGACUGAUAACCCCCACAUCGGAGAAGACCCCUCCAUCUUCAUCACCAAGAUUAUACCUGGAGGUGCUGCAGCUCAAAAUGGACGACUCAGGGUGAAUGACUGCAUAGUCCGGGUAAAUGAGACGGACGUCAGGGACGUGACCCACAGUGGCGCUGUGGAGGCACUGAAAGAUGCAGGAGGUCUGGUCCGGCUGUGUGUGCGACGCAGGAGGAGCCUCUCUGAGAGAGUCAUGGACAUUAAACUGGUCAAAGGACCAAAAGGUUUAGGGUUCAGCAUAGCAGGUGGAGUUGGAAACCAGCACGUCCCAGGUGACAACAGCAUCUACGUGACCAAAGUCAUCGAGGGAGGGGCUGCACACAAAGACGGACGGCUACAAAUAGGGGACAAACUUGUAGCUGUCAACGGCUCUUGUUUGGAGGAGGUCACUCACGAGGAAGCGGUGGCUGUGCUAAAAUCGACGACUGACGUUGUGUACCUGCGCGUCUCCAAACACACCUCCCUUUUUAUCAAUGACAACUUCCCUCCUCCUGAUGUCACUAAUUCGUAUUCUCCACAACAAGACAACCACGUGAGCCCGUACAUGAGUGGCAGUCAGUCUGUAAGCCCCGCUCCGUUAACCACACCCAGAUACUCCCCUCUGCCCAGGGCCAUGACCACAGACGACGACUUUACCAGAGACCCCAGGCGGGUGGUGUUGCAGCGCGGGUCAACAGGUCUCGGUUUUAACAUUGUCGGAGGAGAGGACGGAGAGGGAAUCUUCAUCUCUUUCAUCCUGGCCGGAGGUCCGGCUGAUCUCUGUGGGGAGUUACGGAAGGGAGACCGCAUCCUCUCGGUGAACGGUGUGGACUUGUCCAGUGCAACACAUGAGCAGGCAGCUGCAGCUCUGAAGAAUGCAGGACAGACCGUCACCAUAGUAGCACAGUACAGACCAGAGGAGUACAGUCGUUUUGAGGCAAAGAUCCAUGACCUGAGAGAACAGAUGAUGACCAGCAGUGUCAGCUCCAGCUCCACGUCGCUCCGCUCCACACAAAAACGCACACUCUAUGUCAGAGCGCUGUUCGACUACGACGGCAGUGCGGCGGAUCUCAGCGCGCCCAAUCAGGCCCUACCUUUUCACUUUGGGGACAUCCUCCAUGUGAGCAGUGCCGGGGAAGAGGAGUGGUGGCCCGCCCGUCACCUCAGCCCCCCGCCGCCAAACUGCCCCGACGUCGGGGUCAUCCCCAGCCGCAGGAGGGCAGAGAAGAAAGAGAGGUCGCGGUUAAAGACAGUCAGAGUGACGAGGUCUCAGGACAAAUCGGAUCAGGAUGAUAAAGAGCUGGUAACCUCUGGCACCAGCGAUAGUGAGAGUAGUUCCUCUGGCCAGGAGGAGGUCUUCCUUACCUACCAGCCUGUCAUGCAGCAAGAAGUGAAUUACACACGGCCAGUCAUCGUGCUCGGACCAAUGAAAGAUCGGAUCAACGAUGACCUCAUCUCUGAGUUCCCUGAUAAGUUUGGCUCCUGUGUCCCACACACAACACGGCCGCGUCGGGACUACGAGGUGGACGGCAGAGAUUAUCACUUCAUGUCCUCCAGAGAGCUCAUGGAGCGAGAGAUUCAGGAACAUAAAUUCAUUGAGGCCGGACAGUACAACAACCACCUGUAUGGAACCAGCAUACAGUCUGUACGAGAGGUCGCUGACAAGGGUAAACAUUGUAUACUGGAUGUAUCAGGGAAUGCAAUAAAGCGUCUCCAGUUGGCAGGACUCUAUCCCAUAGCUGUCUUCAUUAGCCCGCUCAAUGUCGACAACAUCCUAGAGAUGAACAAACGUUUUACUGAGGAGCAGGCGAGGAAGACUUACGAGAGAGCUGUUAAACUGGAGCAGGAGUUCACAGAGUACUUCACUGCUAAAGUCCAGGGCUCUUCUCUAGAGGAAGUGUACUCGCAGGUGAAGCAGAUCAUUGAGGAGCAGUCAGGUCCAUACAUCUGGGUACCGACCAAGGAACGACUUUGAACAAACACAUGUAUAUGACACACACACACACACACACACACACACACACACACACACACACACACACACACACACACAUACACAAGCACAUGUAAUUGUAUGAGGCUGGGACGAGCUGGGACAGCUGCUUCCUGAAGAGGGGAGGAGCUCAAGUCUGUCCAGCAGCCUAUCGGUGGAUCUUCCUAUGGCUCAGUUCCUUAAUGUUUAAGGAGGUGGUUCAAAUCAAGGCGACAUGUACCAUGAUGUGAUUUUAUUUCAUUAUUAUUGUUGUUCUUAUUAUUGUUGUUGUCGUUGUUUUCAUAUUAACGAAAGGGUAAUGCAUUAAUGUAUGGGUUUGUAAUGAUGAUAUUGUCACCGAGACGCAGACUUUUGCACGCUGUAGCUUUAAGAGCAUGUUUUCGGGAGAAGAUGUUGUUCUUCUUUCUUGUCUGUCCGUCCUCAUGGCAUCGCUCCUGUUUAGCGCUUAUCCCUUUCUUGUCUUUUUUCUUCCUUUCAUUCAUUCAUUUUCUCAUCCCCUACUUUGCUCCAUCCUUUCCCCUUCAAGCUGUCUGCAGACACGAGGUGAAAACGUGCGCCCCCAACAUUUUGUAAUCAAAGAUAUUGACUUAAAACUGUAGUACAAGUUUUGUUAACAAAAAAUAUAUCAGAUCUAAUGAGUAUUCUCAAUCAGAAGUUAAGCUGGGAAUGAAUCAUCAUGGUGGUAGAGUCCAGCUGAAGCUCUGAGCCUAUAUCUAUCAUCUUUCUGAGAAUUAUAGAUUUUUAAAGGUGAAAAAAAGUAAUUUCAGUAAAUAUUAGGACACAUUAAUCUAUGUAUCAAGGCUGUUUAACUUUUGCUGAGCAGCACCCUCUGAUCACCUUUGAAGCUAACAGCUCCGAUCCCUCAGGCAACAAACACAAAAUGGUCAUUUCAGUAAAGUAAUUUCAUGGAACAGAUAGAAAACAGGAGCAUUUGUGCUGAACUGUAGCUGCUGGAGCUCGACUUUCUUUUCUUAAAACAAGUUACUUAGUGCAGGAACUUAGUGUAGUGAAAGAGGUACAUUUUCCUUAACACAAGUCAGAGUAUUAUCAAAAAUCAUUUUAAGGCAGCACUUAUUCACACUACAUUUGCAUUGUUGUUCAGUUUGAUAAAAAAAUAACUUGUAUUUUACGCGGCAGGUGCUAUUCUGUAAGAAAUUUAAGUCAUUUGCACAUGAUAAUAACUUUAAAUACAAAUGUAAAACGUGGAAGGGAAAUUAGCUGUGAUGGAAACAAAAGAAACCCCAAACUGGAGCAGGAAGUUUUGAUAGCGUUGAGAUUCUUCACCAAAAAAACAAAAAACAAAUAAUAGGUUUAAUUCAUGUCCAAAACUGAUUAGUGGAAAUUGAUUGAUUCUUGUAGUUGUGCCCCUGUCUUGUAAAUGAGAAAAUUAGUAGAAUACAAGCGGUGUAAAAUCCUAUUAGAUGUUUAAAUCAAAUGCAAUAACAGGCUAAAAGUAAAACUGAUGUGAUAUUGCUUCAGCUGAAUCAUAUUUUGUUUAAAGUAGGCAAGAUGUUUAAGUUUAACGUUACAUAACAUAACUGUUUGGUAAAUACAGGCCUAGAUCCUUCCUUUAUCAAAAACUUCACUGAUCACUGAAGCAGACUUUGGCUGCUUUUCCUGUCUUUCCCCCUUCCUUCCUUCCUUCCUUCCUUCCUUCCUUCCUUCCUUCUUUCCUCUUCUUCCCUCCUUUCUCAUGCCUUCACUCCUCUUCACGUCUCCACGCUCACAGUGUGACAUCGGUCGAGCAUUUGCCAGUGUAUCAUGUUCUUCAUCACUAUCAUCACAAUCAUAAUCAGCUGUCCCCUCCCACUGUUCUGUAGUUGCACUAAUGAGGGCUGGUUUCUUAAAAGCAUCUUAGAUUGACACUGCUGAUACCAUCCCAGUGUUUGUGGUAUAAAUUAGUUUUUAUUUUUUUAUGUACGGUAGAAUUCUGGUAUGAAAGAUCUGGAGAGGAUAUAUUUUUACUCAUUUGCUGCACAUCAUACGUUUGUUGAACACGGCUACUCUCAGGUUACUGUUUUAGCUCUGCAGGUAACAACGCUUCAUGCUGUUUUUAUUUGAGCCAACUACGAUGCUAAUUCAUUUACUUAGAGAUUGGGUCAGAUGGCGGCGCCCCCUACAGAAAAGCUUUUACACGACAGUGGCUGAAUCUUCAAUGGUGCUUUUGUGAUCCCUCAGAUGUCCACACUUCUAGAAAGAGGAGAUUUGCAUGGAAGUAAAGUACAAUCUAAUGUCAGUAUUUCCACACACUCUCACUUUUGCACACCUUCAAAUGUCCUGUCGCUUGAAAAUGACUUUCCUUUAUCAUUUUCACCUUUUACACAUGUUUUAUUUCUCAUGCUCCAAUUUAAACGUUGUGCAAAAUAAUUGAAAUAACCUAAAAUAUGCUAUUUUAGUUCCACACUAAACUGAGGAUGGCAGUUUACGGCAGGAGCAGCAGUGAAUUUAAACAUAAAUAUUCAUAGAAAUGAAUGUUAACAUAUAUAUAUUGACACAGUCUGUGGACAUUUUUAUUUCCAUGCAGAAGGGGAGACAUGUGAGAUCACAAAAAUAACCUUUGAACUGAUGACCCUGCUUCUUCCUUAAAGCAGUUCGAACAUGUUCAGGAGUUAACUGUAGGCAACUGGACACCUCUCACCUCUCAUCCUAGAAGGUUCUUCACUUCUGACUUAAUAUUAAGCCUGUGAAACAACCCAGUUGUUUCACAUCGUGACUGGGUUUCAGGUUCACCUCUGACCCAGUUUCAGGUUGUUAGUUUCACCUGAGUCCGAGGUAUGUAUGAGGGUCGUAAAGGUCACCUGAGAGACACCGUGUCUGAUCCAACAUCCCCAUCCAAAGUCAACACAAUAGGUGAGCCUUGUCUACAGCUAACUACUGUAGAUGACUAUGACCUGGACAGCCAGGAACCUUCACAGAUGUGUCCACGAUAAUGUCGCCACAUCUCAUCGCGGUGAACCUGCAGAGAAUCAGCGCCUGAAUCUGCAGCAGUGAGUUUCACCUUGUACACGGCCCGACACACAGUUCAGUUAGAGACACUAUUACUGGUAAACAUAGCAGAGCCUUUAGCAGAUAAGGAGCCGGAUGUUCCCAUCUGAACUUGAUGGGAACCCAAAAACGGAGCUAAAAGAAAAUGAUGUCACAAUAAUCUUUGCGUUUGAGAUACCGAGAUGCUUUUGGUGACACAGCCCCUGUUAUGGACCUUGUCAGCCGACCACUUCCCCCCCAUCUCCACCCUCGAUCCCUGAGGCGACUCCUCCAAGCUGACUGGAGGCCAGAGGCAUGCAGAGAGAGACCCUUCUGUCUGCAGCGUAGCUUUUACACCCCAGUAGUAAAUGGUUUUGAGCACAUGUGUUUUUGAAAGAAAAAAAACAAGAAAAAAAAAAAAGCUUUAAUAUCUCCUCACAGAAUGUUCGGCUAAACUCCUUUUCUUUCCAUGUACAGUAUAUUCAUGAAUCAAAGUGGAUGAGCGCGGUAUGUUUGUCCUCACCUGACAGAAGAUGAGCUCUCUGUGUGACUCUGGCUGGUGUGUUAGCCACUGUCUGUUAGAGUAAAGCACUGAUGCAGAGAAUCUAUUCUAGAGAUGGAUCUAUAUCUAACAUAUUAUAAUAUUUAAUCCCUGCUCUAACUGCCUAUUUUGGUACAGAAAAUAAAUAAAUAAAGGUCUUUAUCGACAUCUACUGAAAUCUUUUGACCCAUAAAUAGAUAUUAUGAUUUUUGUUUCUUAUUCCAGUGUGGGUAGCGGGAAUGUGUACAGAUGUGAAUAUAAUAUAGUAACUGUAAAUUUGAAUAUAUUUUACUUUCACAUUUGCUGCAGGUUUGUAAUGGUCUGUCUGAUGUGGCUGCCUUGUUAAGUCUCCACACUAAACCUUCAGGUGUCAA